UCACGCUUUCUGUUGUAAGCGAACAGGUGUCGUAGCAAACACACGGAGCAACAACGUGUUCCACAUUUACAUCAGGAAAUAACGCCAUGUGUGUGGGGGGGGAAGAACUGGGUCUCGGAGCAAAUUCUGUGUCGUGCUUUUUUUUUUUUUUUUUUUUCUAACCGGCGCGGUAAGCUGGUGAGAGCGUCCACUUCGAUUCUAAAGCGAGGAUGGUUAUGAUAUUUCAGUAAGCGACGUGACGUGUGUCUGUUCGUGCGUGUGGCGAAGCAGUUACUUGCAGUAAGAAUCUGGAUAAGUGUCUUCUCCGGCAGUACUUCAGAACAUGCGAGUUUUUGCCGUAUUGUUGCUGACAUCGAUAAUUGGUGUAGAUGCUUUCGUGAAGGACAAGCGAUGCGAUACCCACGAUGGCAGGUGCGUCUCUUCAAAAGCAGCGGCAAGGAACUGCGGACAAACCUUACUUGUUUAUAUUUGCCCGAGAAAAAAAGUCUGCUGUCACAAGAGUGCGUGGAAUGCCACUAAGAAGAAUACCGGUAGAGAAAAUAAAAGUAGAGGCCUAUUAAGUAACUGUCAGUGCGGCGUGGAGAACGUGGCGCAACUACCACAGAACGUGCCACAAGAUAAAUUGCCAGUCUUGCAAAGAUUACAACCACUCGAUAAGUACUCGUGGAUAGUGGGCAUCCUGAACCAGAUCAUCGACAAUGAAAAGAUCACCUGCAGCGGAGCCAUCAUCGCGGACCAUUACGUCUUGACCGCUGCGCAUUGUUUGGUUGAUUCAGCCACUGGCAGUCCUGCCACACCAGGGGACAUCAAGGUCAAGAGAUUACCGAGACACUUUAAAUUCCCGGAGUUGGGGACACCAGUGGAGAGUCUCGUCGUCCAUGAGAACUAUAAUCACGCGAGCAGGGAAAAUGACAUCGGGCUCAUCAAUCUCAGGAGGCGCAUCGUCGGGAGGAAUGUCAGGCCCAUCUGCCUUCCAGCGGACGACCGCCAGACAAAUGUAGGUGAAAACGACGUCGUAGCUGGCUGGAAAGUCCAGAAUGUAAGCACCAUUAGCCCUAGUUUCUCGAGGAAGAGCACUGUCCCUGUUCUGUGCAAAGGAAGCCUUGCAGACGGUACGCAGAAUACAGUGAAUUUGACUUGUGAGAUGCAAGCGAAAGCGAGUGACGAAGGUCCUUGUUUUGGUGAUUCCGGGGGACCUCUGACUACUAAAGAAGGGGACGUUCACACUCUCGUGGGAGUGAUGUCUUCCGGCACUGGAUGUGGGAGUCUGGAAACGCCACUUACUUACACAAAAGUCAGCCAGUAUAUGGACUGGAUCAAUGACAAUACGAUGGAUGGCAAAUAUUGUACUGGGUCUGUGACUCCUCCUACUCGAGACGAUUCCAACUAAAUCCAAGGAGAUUGAUUAACACUUCACUUAACUUUCAGUAAUCAGCACCUUUGUUCACUUUGUAAGAGAGUAAGUGAAACUGUAUCCAAUAGCUUCCCCGAAAAUUAACAGCACUAAAAAUGUAACACAAUUAAAGUACGACUACAAGCCCUGUGGAAAAGAGUUGUAAUGUGCAAAAUAUUUUGUAAAUGUAGUUUUCCUUGAUUGACUGUUUGCAGGCUGUCAUUUUUCUUUUUAUUCAUGAUAUUACUUAAACAAAUUGUCAUAGUUUGAUGUUGAGAACCUAAAUAUAUGAAAUGAUAUC